AUGAGGUGCUCUAGGUUACAGCUGUUGCCGGUGUUACUAGUUCUAGCGAUCCAACAGUGUGCGUGCCAGCGCGAAGUGUUUCGACUCUUCUCCAACUGUCGCUACGGAAAACCCAACUUUGAUCCGUGCAUCAAAAAGGCAUUCAACGCCCUGCGGCCAUGGUUUAAGACAGGUCUGCCCGAGUUUAACGUUGCACCAUUUGAUCCGCAUCGGGCAGAAUUCAUCGAACAGCGGCGCGGAGAUCUGGGCGGUCUUGGAGGCUAUCGGUUGCUGCUGUCCAACGUAUCCGAGUAUGGUUGGCAGCAGUCGGAGGUGACCAAGUACCGGACGGAGCCGAAACACGAUCGCAUCGUGUAUUCGCAGUUCUUCCCGGAGAAAUCACUCGACGGCAGCUAUGACUUCCAGGCGAAGAUUCUCGGUUUGCCGCGACACACGCGUGGCAUCUGGAAUCUGACCCUGUACGAUUACAGCCAGACGACGACCGUCACGCGGAUCGGUGGUCCCGGUGGACUGCUGAAGGUGCGCGUCGAGAUCGACAAGAUCGGCAACAUGAAGCUGCAUAUCUCGGACCUGUUCCAUGGUGCUAAAAUUAUCGAGUCUAUUGCCGACUUCUUCAUCAACACGAUGUGGCAGCCGAGCUUCCCGUUCAUUAAGCCGCUGAUUAACGAUCUCGUCAGCGUUGCCUUUACGGACAUCUUUAACGAAUCCUUCCGAUACUUCCCGCUCGAUCAGGUGAUACGCAGCUAG